CUCGCCGGCGCCGCGAGCGCCCGGGUGCCGGCGGGCGGGAGGCGGGUGCUUGGGGCGCGGCCCGGCGCUCGCGGGUGGCGGCGCGGGGCCGGCAUGGCGGGGAGGCGAGCCGGAGCCGGGGCGCUGCUGGCGCUGCGGGUGCUGUGGGCGCUGUGGGCGCUUCGGACCGCCGCGCACCCGCAGUGCCUGGACUUCAGGCCGCCCUUCCGGCCGCCGGAGCCCUUGCGCUUCUGCACGCAGUACUCGGCCUUCGGCUGCUGCGCGCCCGAGCACGACGCAGCGUUGGCGCAGCGCUUCGGGGCCCUGGCUGCCCGCGUGGAUGCCGCCGUGUGGGCCGCGUGCGCCGGCUACGCGCUCGACCUGCUGUGCCAGGAGUGCUCGCCCUACGCAGCGCACCUGUACGAUGCCGAGGACCCAUCCACGCCGCUGCGCACGCUGCCCGGGCUCUGCGAGGACUACUGCCUGGACAUGUGGCUCACGUGCCGGGGCCUGUUCCGCCACCUGUCGCCCGACCCCGAGCUCUGGGCGCUUGAGGACAACCGGGCCAAGUUCUGCCGCCACCUGGCCCUGGAUGAUGUGGACUACUGCUUCCCCCGCCUGCUGGUCAACCCGAACCUCAACUCCAACCUGGGCCGCGUGGUGGCUGACGCCCGCGGCUGCUUGCAGCUGUGCCUGGAGGAGGUGGCCAAUGGGCUGCGUAAUCCCGUAGCCAUGGUGCAUGCGCAGGACGGCACCCACCGCUUCUUUGUGGCCGAGCAGGUGGGGCUCGUGUGGACCUACCUGCCCGAUGGCACACGCCUGGAGACGCCCUUCCUGAAUGUUAGCCGGGCAGUGCUCACCUCGCCGUGGGAGGGCGACGAGCGGGGGUUCCUGGGCCUCGCCUUCCACCCCCGCUUCCCGCUCAAUGGCAAGCUCUACGUCUACUACUCGGUGGGCGUGGACUUCCACGAGUGGAUCCGCAUCAGCGAGUUCCGGAUCUCCAAGGAUGACCAGAACACUGUGGAUCACCGCUCCGAGAGGAUAAUCCUGGAGAUUGAGGAACCGGCCUCGAACCACAACGGGGGCCAGCUGCUCUUUGGGGACGACGGGUAUCUCUACAUCUUCACCGGAGAUGGCGGCAUGGCUGGCGAUCCCUUUGGGAAGUUUGGAAAUGCCCAAAACAAGUCGGCGCUACUGGGCAAGGUGCUGCGCAUCGACGUGGAACACAACGAGCACGGCCCGCUCUACCACAUCCCUCCCGACAACCCGUUCGUGGGCGACCCUGCCGCGCGGCCUGAGGUCUACGCCCUGGGCGUGCGCAACAUGUGGCGCUGCUCCUUCGAUCGCGGUGACCCGGUGACAGGCACGGGCCGCGGGCGCCUGUUCUGCGGCGACGUGGGCCAGAACAAGUUCGAGGAGGUGGACCUGGUAGAACGCGGCGGCAACUACGGCUGGCGCGCCAGAGAGGGCUUCGAGUGCUAUGACCGCAAGCUGUGCGCCAACGCCUCGCUCGAUGACGUACUGCCCAUCUUUGCCUACCCACACAAGCUGGGCAAGUCUGUCACCGGCGGCUACGUGUACCGGGGCUGUGAGUACCCCAACCUGAAUGGCCUCUACAUUUUUGGUGAUUUCAUGAGCGGACGGCUGAUGUCCCUCCGAGAGAAUGAGGGGACAGGCCAGUGGCAAUACAGUGAGAUCUGCAUGGGCCGUGGCCAGACCUGCGCCUUCCCAGGCCUUAUCAACAACUACUACCCACACAUCAUCUCCUUCGCUGAGGAUGAAGCCGGGGAGCUAUACUUCAUGUCGACGGGCGUGCCUAGUGCCACAGCUGCCCAGGGAGUUAUCUACAAAGUCAUUGACCCCUCUAGACGGGCACCACCUGGCAAGUGCCAGAUCCAGCCUGCCCAGGUGAAGGUGAGGAGUCGCCUCAUCCCGUUUGUGCGCAAGGAGAAGUUCAUCCACACCACGGACAGCACCCCACGCCCCAAGCCGCGCCCCACAGCACAGGCACCCACCAAAGCACCGCGCCGCAGGCGUCCUACGGCUGCUCCGCCUGCGCCCACUCCGAGGCCUGCCAGGCCCACCCCGCGGCCCACCAGCCCCACUCGGCGUACAGGGGGGCGGAGAGGUGGCGGCGGGCGGCGGCGGGGGCGACCAAGCACAGCGAUUCCUGCGCCCUCGGACGGCGCAGUGCGCCUGGUGCGGCCCGCGGGCCUGGGCUCUGGGCGCGGGCGCGUGGAGGUGUUCGUUGGUGGCCGCUGGGGCACAGUGUGCGACGACGCGUGGGACGCCAAGGCGGCCGCCGUGGUGUGUCGGCAGCUGGGCUUUGCACAGGCCGUGCGCGCCGCCAAGCGCGCGGAGUUCGGCGAGGGCCGCGCGCUGCCCAUCCUGCUGGACGACGUGCGCUGUGGCGGCAGCGAGCACAGCCUGCUGGAAUGCGCGCACGCCGGCGUGGGCAAGCACAACUGCGGCCACGAGGAGGACGCGGGCGUCGAGUGCAGCCACCAGGACCCUGGCCCGUAGGCCCGCCUCAGCAGCCCUGCAGUGUGUGC